AUGGAAUCAACCACCAAAGGAUCUGAUCUUAUUUCAAAGAAGAAAAAGAAGAAAACUAGCUGGUUUUCGUGGCGAAGGAUUCGACUCAACAAGAAUUCAGCUUACAAAACGGUGCCGCUUGAAGCCUCAAUAUCUGAUCAAGCUCAUUACUCCAAGUCCAGGUCAAAGUCAACUCUUCAUCUCAAUUCUCAAGCUCCGGGAACCAAUCAUCCACCGCCUCCCGCCACACCCUAUUAUACACCCUCUCAGACGAGGCAUGGUCCCAACAAUGUAGAGGAUACGCGUCAACAAGGUAGAGCUUCUCCACCUCAAGUAAAACGGCAGGCGCGGCGAGUGUCGUCAUCAAUGCAAAGCCAAACGACAAGCAAGAAGCACAAAAACGCGAGGAGAUCGUACGACUCUGUCGUUGGCAUGUCCGUGCUUGCGGUGACCUUGCUGAUAAUGAUAUUUUGGGGUCGUUUAUGUGCCAUCCUCUGCACUUCCGCGUGGUUGUACUUUAUUCCGCGUUUCAAGAAGAGCGAUAAUGAAAACGACGAUGGUGAUCCUAAUACGACGAUGAAAUCAAACGGCGUGGAUCUGGAUUCGGAGGAGUACAAGAAAAAGGUGAUCAUGGAGGGACUUCUGGAGAGAAAUCACAGAGCUGCUCUGUGA